UGUUUGUUUGUACGUACGUUAGAAAACAAAUAUGGCAAUUCCUUCUGAGCGUAGCCUUGAUUGCAAACCCCAUCACAGCUUUUCCAUGCUUCUGAAAUCUUUUCGACACCAUCACUGUACUGAUCAGACUCCUCAGAACCUCACGCUCGAAGAAUUCCUUUCUCGCCUCGAAGAAGAACGCCUCAAGAUCGAUGCCUUUAAGCGCGAGCUUCCUCUCUGCAUGCAACUUCUCACCAACGCUAUGGCGGAAUCAAGGCAGAAACUUGAGGCUUUGAGUGGAAAUGAAGGCAAGAAAAGUGCAGUUCUGGAAGAAUUCAUACCCUUAAAGCAUUCAUCAUCAACUAGGGAAAGCCCUGAUAAAGCAGCAAGCAACUGUGAUAAUAAAGCUAAUUGGAUGAUAUCUGCUCAGCUAUGGAGCCAAGCUAGUGAAGAAACCAAGCCACAAUAUUCCACAAUUGCAUCGCCUAAUAACUGCAAUAAAGAAACUGAUCAUCGGAUGGCCGGGUUCGAUGUUGUUAGCCCUAAUAAACUACACAGAAAUAUUAAUGGAGGAGCCUUUCUUCCAUUCUCAAAUAAUAAGGAACGAAUUAGCUCGAAUCAGUGCUCCUCAUCGCCGCCAUUGCAGACUCUUCCGGAGCUGGCACUUGCUUCUGCUGAUGAUCAGAAACAAAUGGAAGAUGAGAAAUUAUACUCAGAGACGAUUGAGGAUUCUUCUGGUAAAGGAGGAAGCAAUAAUUGUAGUGAUCAAGGAAAAGGGAUUACAGUUUCGUGUGAGGCGAAAACAAACAGUAAAACUGUUUUGACGACGUCCACCACGCAAAGUCAUCGGAAAGCAAGAAGGUGUUGGUCGCCGGACUUGCACCGGAGAUUUGUGAAUGCUCUUCAGAUGCUUGGUGGAUCUCAAGUGGCCACCCCAAAACAGAUUAGGGAGCUGAUGAAGGUUGACGGAUUGACCAAUGAUGAGGUUAAAAGUCAUCUCCAGAAAUAUCGCCUCCACACAAGACGACCCGGUCCAAACCCGCAAGCAGGUGGGGCGGCAGCACCUCAGCUUGUAGUCCUAGGAGGAAUAUGGGUCCCACCCGCAACAGGAACCACUAACGCACUCUUUGGCUCGCACCCGGCCUAUCAUGCUCCCUCACCGCACCACUUCCCUCCCGCCAAUCCGUCCCAAGACUCGUUGUUCACCAGGACGACAACACAAUCACAUAACCACGCUCUUCCCCACCAAGACCACCUCAAUGGGUACAAAGCGACUUCGCAGAGCCAGAGAUCUCCAGAAUCAGAGAGCAUAGAAGAUGGGAAGUCAGAAAGUAGCAGCUGGAGGCAAGCAGAGAGUAAUGAGAACAAAAGGGAAGACAAUAAAAGUUGUGGUGCCAUCAGCCUCAAAUUGUAGUAGCAGUGGAAUGUAUUCGAGGUUAGAAUUAGGAUAAUUUAUCGGGAGAAUUGCAACAAAAUCCAAAAUUAAAAAAUAAUUACUAAAAAGUCCACACAACAAUUUAGCAGCUUGUAAUAACAAGAUCCAGAGUAGGAUAUGACAACUUCAAACUUGUCAUUGGGAAUUUUUAGUGGUUAUAUUUCUUUUUUAGGACCUCAUUGAAAUUCUCCCUAAUUUAUUGGAUCCUCUAAAAGAUAAAAAUAUAUAAUUAAGGAGAGAAAUUCCCGUACAAGUUAGGCGUGUGCUUUCAAAGAGGAUGACACUGCAUGAAAGUGAG